AUGAGUUCGGUAGCCGUGUUAACACCCGAGAGCUUUGCUGAACACCGCAGCGGCCUGAGGGACAAAGAAUCACGAGCAGGUGGUGUCCCAGAAGAUGAGGCCUAUAUCCCAACUUAUCUGGAAGCUUUCCCUCCGCUCCCGGAAAAGGGGGCUCCAGGGGAGAGAUCCAGUGAGUUCACUGGAGUAUGGAACAAAAUCCGGCCUAUCAAAUCUUCAGUCAUCACCCAGGUGUUUCACGUCCCUCUGGAAGAGCGACGCUAUAAGGACAACAGCCAGUUUGGAGAAGGCGAUGAGGCCAAAGUCUGUGUGGACAUCAUGCAGAAGACGGGGGCUCAUAUUGAGCUUUCCUUGGCCAAGGACCAGGGCCUGUCCAUCAUGGUGACUGGCAAACUGGACUCUGUGAUGAAAGCACGGAAGGAAAUUGUCGCUCGGCUUCAGACCCAGGCUUCAGCUACUGUCACAAUCCCCAAAGAACACCAUCGCUUUGUGAUUGGCAAGAAUGGCGAGAAACUGCAGGAGCUUGAACUAAAGACGGCCACCAAGAUCAACAUCCCGCGGCCCGAGGACCUCAGCAGCCAGAUCAAAAUUAUGGGCACCAAAGAAGGCAUCGAGAAAGCACGUCAUGAGAUCUUGCUCAUCUCAGCAGAGCAGGACAAACGAGCAGUGGAACGCUUGAACCUGGAGAAGGUCUUCCACCCCUUCAUCGCUGGGGCCUUCAACAAAACAGUCCAGGAGAUCAUGCAGGAGACGGGCGCACGCAUCAACAUCCCCCCGCCCAGCGUCAGCAAGGAUGAGAUCAUCAUUACCGGGGAGAAAGAACCCGUCUCCCAGGCUCUCCUGCGCAUCCGCAAGAUCUAUGAGGACAAGAAGCGCAAAACCACCACCAUCUCCGUGGAGGUAAAGAAGUCCCAGCACAAGUACAUCAUCGGCCCGAAAGGAAACACCUUGCAGGAAAUCCUAGAUACCACUGGAGUCUCGGUGGAGAUGCCGCCCCUUGAAAGCAGCUCGGAGACCAUCAUUCUGCGUGGAGAGCCAGACAAACUGGGGCCAGCCCUAACUCAGGUCUAUGCCAAGGCGAAGAGUGUGAUGGUAGCUGAAGUAAUGGCCCCAGCCUGGUUACAUCGUUUUAUAAUUGGGAAGAAAGGACAGAAUAUUGGCAGGAUCACCCAGCAACUCCCCAAGGUCCACAUUGAAUUCACGGACGGCGAUGAGAAGAUCACUCUGGAAGGACCCACCGAGGAGGUGGAAUUGGCCCAAAGCCAGAUUCAGGAAAUCAUUCGUGACCUG